GAGAGAGAGAGAGAGAGAGAGGAGAGGGAGAGAGAGAGGGAGAGAGAGAGAGAGCGUCACAGUGUUUUCGUUCAGUACACGUUACCUCACACACACUCUGAAGACACAGCAGCGAGAAAGGGCACCCGUAUCUAUCCGUUGCAUUACUAGCUGGUUUCUUUCAGAGAGAGCUCUGCAGACGUGAAAAUACCACGAUUCCUGCCGAAGUGGAACUCUCGCCAGUUGCCAGUCUUUCCUGGAUUCCCUUCGACCUUCUCGCCGCAUUUCUCCAUCCUAGGUUUUCUGGAAUGAGCUGUUUUCCUGCUUGCGUCGUUUCCAUGUCAGCAUGGGAACUGCCGUGUCCAAAAGGAAGAAUAUAAGAAACGAUGCGACAUCUUCCGUGGCAGCAAAAGUUAGAGCAGCGUUUGGAGAGUACCUGUCCCACACACACCCUGAGAACCGAAACAGUUCAGCCCAUCUCCUGUCUGACACGUUUGUGGGCCCAGACUCUGUCUCCCCUGGCGGUGUCCGUCACCACAACAACAACUAUCCAUACCCCCACAGGGGCUCUCCGGCCUCCCCUGAGUCCAGCCUGGUGAAGCAUCCGCUGGUCCACCUCCAGCCCCCGCCCGCCUCCAUCACCACCACCAAGACCCGCCUGUCUCUGGAGCGCAGCUUCUCGGCCGAGGAGGACCAGCAGAAGUGUGUGGAGUGCGCCCUGCAGCCCGCCCGCGUCUACACCAUCACCGGAGAGCACGGUAUGCUGGGUAGCAACAGGGGCAGCAAGGAGAGCCUGGAGCUGGAGCUGCUGAAGGGGGCGUCGCCCCUGGUCCAGCCCUCCACCUCCCCCUCCUCCACCUCCUCCUCCUCACCCACCCAGCACCACCUCCGUCACGGUCACCGCAGCAACACUCACCGCGAUGACGGGAGCCAUCGUCACGGCAACCCCGUGGCCGGCGGCAGUGGCAGCAACCAUCACACUCUGAAUGUUACCGGUGGGGGAGCCUCCCACCAUGGUCACCAUGGCAGCCACCACCACCUAUCCCAGCAGCCUCUGUCGAGCUCGGUCAGCGCGCAAAACAUUCGCAGCUGGGGCGAGGGGGGCAAGGGGGACUCACGGGAGGACUGCAGCCUCAAUGUGGUCUUGGACUCUAGUGGGGCCCCGUCCCGUAGCCAGGGCUCCCUGGAUCUAGAGAGCUCCCGCGAGGCAGGCAAGCAACACAGGCGCCUAGAGAGGAUGUGCAGUGUGGACCGGAUGACUGGGCUGGAGAGAGAGGAAAACAACUGGUACCCAAAAGACAAUAUGUUUAGCUUUCAGACUGCUACUACCACCAUGCAGGCGAUAUCGAACUUCCGGAAGCAUCUCAGAAUGGUGGGCAGCAGGAGGAUGAAGACACAGACAUUUGCCGAGCGUAGAGCGAUGAGUUUCAACCGCUCCUGGAGUGACCCCACCCCUGUCAAGAAUGACUCUCCACAUGACCCCAGAGACAGUGGGGACCUGCCUGCCUCGUGUGGGACCCUGGAUGAGGGGGAGCGUGAGGAGCUAGACUGGGAGGAGGAGAGGGAGAUGGAGAGACUUGCCUGUGAGGGAGAUGACUUCAUCCCACCCAAAAUCAUGCUGAUCUCCUCCAAAGUCCCCAAGGCGGAGUACGUCCCCACCAUCAUCCGCAGGGAUGACCCCUCAAUCAUCCCUAUCCUCUAUGACCAUGAACAUGCUACGUUUGAUGAUAUCCUCGAGGAGAUUGAGAAGAAGCUAACAGCCUACAGGAGAGGCAGCAGAAUCUGGAGGAUGCUCAUCUUCUGUCAGGGAGGUCCAGGGCAUCUGUACCUGUUGAAGAAUAAAGUGGCCACAUUCGCCAAGGUGGAGAAAGAAGAGGACAUGAGCCAGUUCUGGAGGAGGCUGAGUCGGUUUAUGAGCAAAGUGAACCCUGAACCCAACCUCAUCCACAUUAUGGGCUGCUACGUCCUGGGAAACCCCAAUGGAGAGAAGCUGUUCCAGAAGUUGAAGAACCUGAUGAGGCCUUACUCCAUCGAAUUUGAGUCGCCACUGGAGCUGUCUGCGCAGGGAAAAGAGAUGAUUGAGAUGUACUUUGACUUCCGUCUCUUCCGCCUGUGGAAAACUCGCCAGCACUCUAAACUCCUGGACUACGAGGAUCUUUUAUGACGGGGCUCCAAGUCAAGUCCGUCCUGUAGCAUACAUGCAGUCUAUACUGGGACAGGAGGACCUACUGAACACCACUGCUCAACUCAACCCUACUGCUCAGCCCCACUGUAACAUCUAUCACACCUGCUUUCAUCCAGGAGAGGACUGGGAGAGGUGGGUGAUGAGGAGGAGGACGAAGAGAAGAGGGACAGGAGUGAUAGAGAGGUCGAGGAGGAGGCGAGGGGGUGACAGGGCAGCAGUCAUGGUGCUGUGUGUGUCACCCAUUAUUUAUUUCAACCCGCCUCUUCACCGCCUUCGCAACCACUAAGGGUCGAGGGUCAAAAAGAGAGACACCCAAGCAGAAGGGAGGCUAGAAGGACAACAAGACCUGACGAUGGAGAGAAAGAGUGAACGAGUAGAACGGGAGAGAGAUCUUCUGUGCUCUUGCUCUCUCUUCCUUUAUGAAACGAGGAACAAAAAACGUGUAUUAUCAUCAAUGCUCAUAGCACUUUAAAGGGCAAUUGUCUGGUUCUGGUUGGACCUCUCAGAGAAAUCCGGAUUGGAAAAGCAAAAUUCACUCCAUACGUAGGUGUGUAUGUAUACAUCACAUGAAUAUAGUCUAGCUCUAGUCAUGCAAAUUCUCACUCUGUAAGAAUAUGAUACAUUGGUUAUGUUUGCUGUUUCUUCUGAACUCUCCUCAAUAACUCAGGUUUUAGCCAUGAAAUCAUCUCUGUUUGUUUGAUCCCCGGGUGCACCAGAUAUUGUAAUCCUCAUUGCCAUUGCUUGGGAUGAAUGUAUAUAUCAUUUAUCUUCUAUCUAUUUCAACCGAUUCAGCUCCGGAGCCAAAAGUGUAGGGGCGAUGUCACAAAUACAAAAUGUGUCUGUGCGUUUGUGCGUGGCUGCGUGCCUGUUGCGUUUUCCCUCUCUGAUAUAGCCAUGCUGAACCAUUCCAUUUCACACCACAGAGUGAAGUCACUGACACACACUUUCAACAGAUGAGUUGUGAUGUCAGACCUGGUAUCAUGGCCAAUAGCUCAAGCAAAACCCUUAUCAGUGUUCCGCGGUGGAUCCCUUUCUACUGUCUCCAUCUGGGUGAUGCCAUUUAAAUGGCCCGUGUCAAUGCCUUCCGUCAGUAGCUGUACUCCAUCUAGCCUCAAGCCAGUUGGUUGCUCUCACCAUCAGCUCGACAGUCCUGGCUCCCCCUCAGGAUCCCUUCCUCCACCGGGCCUUUUGGUCCAGUCAGAAAAAUAGGCACUUAAUGAAUUGGUCUGAUCUUCAUCAUUCCAAGCCAUUAAGGAGCCAUCUGGGGCUCAGCAGAGCUUUGUGCUGUGAUGUAUAUGCACCGAGGGGAGAGAGAGUAGUGUGUGUGUGUGUGUGUGUGUGUGUGUGUGUGUGUGUGUGUGUGUGUGUGUGUGUGUGUGUGUGUGUGUGUGUGUGUGUGUGUGUGUGUGUGUGUGUGUGUGUGUGUGUGUGUGUGUGUGUGUGUGUGUGUGUGUGUGUGUGUGUGCGUGUGCGUGCGUGCGCGUGUGUGCGUGUGUGCGCCCAUCAGCAUCACACCAUAAAACUACUGUAUCAAGAACACUGGGGGCAGACAGUCAGAUUGGAUGGCCAGUUAAGAUCUAAAAGAUAAUAACUCCACACAAAGCCACCCUGCUCACACACACAGCAUUAUUCCCUGCACAGCCCUUCUCUGUCGGCGCCAAGAUAACGCAGCAUAACACGAUUCUCUUCUUCUGUGUGGCUGUUCUGUUGUCCUUUUUCAUGUUCUCGAGGGUGAAGAGUUGAGUGGUGGAUAUCGAUGUCAUCCCUCAGAUAGAGCAAAAGAUGCCAACGUAUGGUCCGCGACAGAGAGCGCUCUCCCUGUUGGAGUCGGAGUCAUGUCACCCAGACUCUGACUCAGCAGUCAGCAGAAGUUCUAUAGGUAGUCUUCUGUUCUGUUCUCUGUAGUUCAUAUAAGCCGUCGAUGCUGCGUCUAAUUGAAGAUGCAAACAGCCAUACUGUCUCUCACUCCACCCGUAACUUCUCCUUCAUGUGACUUCAAUUUCUAUGACUGUACUGUUACCUUUUCAAUAAAAAGUGUGAGGGAAAUAUAAAGUGUGAGGGAAAUAUAAAGUGUGAGGGAAAUAUAAAGUGUGAGGGAAAUAGAAAGUGUGAGGGAAAUAGAAAGUCUUAGGGAAAACAUAAGAACGGAUUAAAAAUAAAUAUAAAAAAUUAAUAAAUGAGGAUUUGUUUUAGCUAAUCAUUUAAGCUAUUUGCUUCUUGCCUCUAUCAAUGUUACUGUAUGUGGCAUGGAAUAGAGCACAGAGUAAGAAUCCACAAACUUCUUGCCUCUAUCAAUGUUACUGUAUGUGGCAUGGAAUAGAGCACAGAGUAAGACUUCACAAACAUGUAUUUCUCCUCCAUCUGUGUUUUGUAGCAGCAACGUGGAGGAGAUGGGAGGGGUAAGAAAGUUGAGAAUGCCCUAAAAUGAUUGAUGUCUCACUCUUUUUGAAACUUAAUGUGCAGCGACUCAUUGUACUGUACUGUACGCUUCAGAGUUCUAGGCACUGAGGGAAAACGAAACAAAAAUGCUUGUUUUCUUUCACGUCUCAUAGGAACUCAGACAGAGGAAGAUGCUAUUUCUUAUGCCUGCCUUGUAGACAUGGGCUUUGGUCAAAAGGAAUGCACUAUAUAGGAAAGAGUGUGACAUUUGGGACGAAGCCCAGUAGGUGUGCUCUUCAGCCACGUCUUCCCUGCUCCCUCCCCUGCCCCGACUCAGAGGUGGCCGGUGGCUGGAAGACGAUUGGCUUAGUUAGAGGAGGAUAGCUUGAUGACACACUGAGGAGGCAUACAAGCCCGCCCAACUGGUGGAUCAUGGCCGCGUUACUGGCUGACCACAUUGCAGACACACCCAUGUCAACUCUCACAACACCUGGAUCGGUGUUUAACAAAUCAGCAAACAUCAUACAUGUGAUACAGCAGCAAUCUGAUGCCCGACUGUACGGUCUGUACACAACCAUUGGUUGAUGCAACGCAAUGACUGCAAUGUAGUCGGCCUGGAACGUGACAAUUAUGUUUUGGGGAGGGGGAGGACAACCCCCAUGAUUGACAUUUAGUUGCAUUAAGAAAUUCACAGCCUUUUGUUUUAUUAUAUAGUCUAAAGUAGUCUAAACUGAAUUAUAAUCUAUGAGUCAUUUAAGAUAAUGCUCCAAAAUAAACAAAUUGUCACAUUGAGUCUCAAAUGCAUUUUAUGAGGUAGAUCAAUGUAGAUAUCAAUGUAGAUAUCAACUAUAAAAUACACACUGUAUAUCUCUACUGGUGAUAAAUGAUUUGAAAUGACCAACAUCGAAAGCAAAUAUGUGUAUUGAGCCUUUCAUUGUACUUUACCCUCAUGGUAUUGGGAAGGAGAAAAUGCCUUUUUGAGUAAAGUUGGCUGUUAAGUCUACUGAGAGAAACGAUGUACACAACUGACAUUGACUUGUACAUAAUGGGUUUUAAAGCAUAUUUUCCAGUAAAAUGUUCUGUUGAAA